AUGAUCCUGGAUCCUGUGCAUCAUGACUUUGCCGACUCUCUUAACCUCUUCUACUUUCGAGAAUUCAUCUCUUUGUUGCAGGAUACAUGGAUGACCGGGCUAUCAAACAGCAAAGGCUGCCUGUGGCAGGAGACUCUGCCCCAAGUCUGCCGCACCAACCACACUCUGAGAAACGCUGCAAUGGCCGUGGCAGACCCCCGUUACUUACAGGCCCUAGCAUACUACGGCAAAGCCCUGCAACUUCAAAGCCAGCGUGUAUCAUUUCAGUCUUCUGCUUUCUUGUCACUGAUUCUGCUCAUUUUUGAAUCCUUGCGCCUCAGGAAAAUCGCCGCUUUAGACCACAUCAAUCAUGGUAUGGCGUUAUUACUCUCCUUUCUUGGAGAUAGCAGUACAUCGAGUGAUGAGAUUGCCAGUUUCUCUCCGAACCCGCGGCCUACCUUGAGCCAAUUGGCUGACAUCUUCAUGAACUUGGCAACACAAACCCGCAUUGUCUUGAAAGGCAGAAUCGGCCAGCACUGCCCGCUUCCAGACCUUGCGAAAGGAUUGGAGGAGCAAGGGAUCUUGAUGGAAGACUUCAUCGUACUGCUCAGCCAAGGUUCCGCGAGCAAGUGCUACAUCGCUCCUCAAAAAUUCAGUUCCUUGGAUAAAUUUGAGGAGCAUUGGCUCUCAAUGACCCGAAGACAAGCUGAGAUGGGCCCUAUCAUGUUGCAAGCGAUGACGAGGUCAACAGUUCUGGAAUGUGAACACCAGCAGAAAAUCAGUGACCUUUUGGCAUCGACACUACAAGAUCCCGAGGUUCGGAAAUUCUGCGACGAUACCCGAAGGGACAUGAACUUAAUGGAACAGGCGUUUCUCCCUCUGUUUUCAGAUAUCAUGAUGUCGACGACAAUGGACUCGCCAACAUAUCUCAGAGCUCUCUACCUCCGCCUACGCUUUCUUUCGGUCCAAGUCUUCAACAACCCGCCACAAUAUGCUUGCAUUCGGUCAAUGGUCGCGUUAACACCCCGACUUCGCGAGUUUCUCUCUUUAGCAGAACUUGCAAUCAGGAUCACGCGGAAGACUGUAGUGUGUCGGGCUUAUUCGCUUUGCAUAGACGGUGGACUUGCGUGGUACCUGCUCCAGAUUGCGCUUCACUGCCGCGACCCAUUAGUACGUGACAAGGCUAUAUUGGCACUGGAUGGCUACGCCGGCCAGGAUGGGCUAUGGACCACGCGGUCGCUGCAUGCUCUGGCGCUCAGAAACCGCAUCGUUGAGCAGCAAAAUGCGAAUGGACACACCGCGCAAGUACAAUGGCAGAGGCUCUGCCGGCGCGAGUACUACUUGGAAGAUGGAGGCGAACGGGUGGUUUUCCGUUUCCUAGAGAAACAGUUGGAAUUGGAUCAGUGA